CGUAAGUAUACACACAUGCCAUAGAUGCAUUCAUGGCUAUGAUGCUUGGUUCCAUAUUCAAAGAACCGACACAGCCGGCCGUGAUAAGUGUUUAACUCCAACAACAGGAGCAACUUGGUUGGGUCAAUUUUGCUGCACUCUCGAUUUCUUCAUCUUUCUCCAACCGAAGAGGAAGGAGAGUUGACUCUCAAAUCCGUUCGAGUCACGUUGCCGAUCAUGGCAGCUAGGAAAAAUCUGACAACAACUAAUCACCUCCGUCAUUUGGAGUCAAUGGCGACUCACCCGUCGGGCGCCGGCAAGAUACCAAGGCUUAAUGCCGUGAUACUCGGCGAAUCUCUUGCAUCCGAGGAGGACGAUCUGGUUUUUCCCAGUCACGAUUUCUCCCAACAGGCACACGUACCCUCUCCCCAAAAGUACUUGGAGAUGUACAACAGAUCAAUUGUAGACCCUGGUGGCUUUUGGUCUGAUAUUGCAGCAGAAUUCUAUUGGAAAGAGAAAUGGGGUCAACAGGUUUACUCAGAGAAUCUUGAUGUUACAAAAGGGAAUAUCAAAAUUGAGUGGUUCAAGGGUGGCAUCACCAACAUCUGUUAUAACUGCUUGGAUAAAAACAUUGAGUCUGGGAAUGGCGAUAAAGUUGCACUUCAUUGGGAAGGAAAUGAGCCUGAUGUUGAUGGCUCUUUGACUUACAGACAACUGUUUGAGAGAGUCUGCCAGCUUGCAAAUUUUUUGAAAGACAAUGGUGUUAAAAAGGACGAUACUGUAAUUAUUUACUUACCCAUGCUGAUGGAACUGCCAAUCACAAUGCUGGCAUGUGCUCGCAUUGGUGCUGUCCACUCGGUUGUUUUUGCUGGAUACUCUGCAGAAUCACUUCUUCAAAGAAUUAUGGAUUGCAAACCAAAGAUUGUGGUAACUUGCAAUGCGGUUAAAAGAGGGAAAAAAGUACUCAAUCUCAAGGAGAUUGUUGAUGCUGCACUCUCAGAAUCAUCUCAAAAUGGAAUAUCUGUAGAUUCAUGCUUGACAUACGAAAAUGAAUCAGCCAUGAAGAAGGAAGAUACUAAAUGGCAGAAAGGAAGAGAUAUUUGGUGGCAGGAUGUUGUUCCUAAAUAUCCUACUACAUGUGAUGUGGUGUGGGUGGAUGCGGAGGAUCCACUUUUUCUUCUUUAUACAAGUGGAAGCACCGGAAAGCCCAAGGGUGUUCUGCAUACCACAGGAGGAUACAUGAUAUACACUGCAACAACAUUCAAAUAUGCAUUUGAUUACAAAGAAUCUGACAUAUAUUGGUGUACAGCUGACUGUGGUUGGAUUACUGGACACAGCUAUGUUACUUAUGGACCUUUGCUUAAUGGAGCAACAGUUAUACUUUAUGAAGGGGUUCCUAACUACCCAGAUUCUGGACGUUGUUGGGAGAUUGUUGACAAAUACAAAGUGACAAUAUUCUACACUGCUCCAACACUAGUGCGAUCUCUUAUGCGUGAUGGAAACGAGUAUGUUACUCGAUACUCUCGUAAAUCUUUACGGGUUCUUGGUAGUGUAGGCGAGCCCAUCAAUCCAAGUGCAUGGAGGUGGUUUUUCAAUGUAGUUGGAGAUUCAAGGUGUCCAAUAUCAGAUACCUGGUGGCAAACAGAGACAGGAGGCUUCAUGAUUACUCCUUUACCUGGAGCAUGGCCUCAAAAACCUGGAUCUGCUACUUUCCCAUUUUUUGGGGUUGAGCCUGUGAUAGUGGAUGAGAAGGGAAAAGAAAUUGAAGGGGAAUGCAGCGGGUAUUUAUGUGUUAAAAGCUCAUGGCCAGGGGCAUUUAGGACUCUUUAUGGUGAUCAUGAUAGAUAUGAAACAACUUAUUUUAAGCCAUUUCCUGGCUAUUAUUUUAGUGGUGAUGGCUGCAGUAGGGACAAGAAUGGAUACCAUUGGCUGACAGGGAGAGUUGAUGACGUAAUAAAUGUCAGUGGACACCGUAUUGGUACAGCAGAAGUUGAAUCAGCUCUAGUUUCACAUCCUCAAUGUGCUGAAGCAGCUGUUGUUGGUGUUGAACAUGAGGUGAAAGGGCAGGGGAUAUAUGCGUUUGUUACUUUGGUGGAGGGUGUUCCAUAUACUGAAGAUCUUCGCAAAAGCCUUGUGCUUGUUGUUCGAAACCAAAUUGGAGCAUUUGCAGCUCCGGAUAGAAUCCAUUGGGCACCAAGUCUUCCAAAAACAAGAAGUGGAAAGAUAAUGAGAAGAAUUCUAAGAAAAAUUGCAUCUAGACAGCUGGACGAGCUUGGUGACAUCAGCACCCUAGCAGAUCCAUCUGUAGUCGAUCAGCUUAUUGCUUUAGCUCAUUCCUAAAUUAAACAGCUUUUAUUCAAAAACCACCAAAUCCAGAUUGACACAUGAGGCUUUGAUUGUAUUAAAGUUGGCAACGGUUACAUGGUCAUGUUUUUUUUUUUUUUUUUU